ACAGAGACAGGCUUUUAUUGGAGGGUUGUCGGCGAACGAAAUAACCGCUACUUCCCGUCACGAUCCUCUUAACAUCAUCAGAAUCCACCGGCAGGCAUGAUCGAAUGAUGGAGGUGAUCUCGACACGCCGUUACGAGGCUCGUCCACCGCCAGCGAGCCAUCCACCGAUCCUCAUCGACCCUGAGAAUUCCAUAGCCCUGGUCAAAGAAGAAGAAUGGGAGACCCGCAAGAAGAAGGAAAUAACAACCACCAGGCAAAUCGAGACCAGAGUGAAACGACAGGUUGUGCUCGAGGAUGGCGAGGUGGUCGUCGACUCCGGUCCCCUGGUUACCACGAACACCACCGAGGACAUCGAGCAACAGGAGCACACCACGCAAGAAAGGCGAACAACCGGUGACCAGCCGCAAGAGGUCGAAUGGCCGACAGGUGGAAGAGGAUCCGCGGACGACGGCAGCGUGGUGCAAAAAGAAUCAAACGAGACGGUGGUGAAGAGCCGGGAGGAGAUCGAGGAGAGGCUGGAGACGGAGGAUCGUCAACAGCUGGGUGAUAUCUCGGACGAGGCGUACCAGACGGCGGUGAGAAACAAUCGGGGCGAUCUGAGAGCUGCUCUGGCUGAGUCCUGCACCCAGUUGACAGCGCAAACUGGUCCCAGGGUCGUACAGCACACGACCAAGUCGAACAAGGUGAUCGACACGGAAAAGACCUUGGAAAAGAAAGAGCUGAAACCGGAUGGACUGAUUGUCACCGAGAGGAAACGUACCGUGGAACACGAGGAGAUAAAAGACGACGAAGUACCCGAUGACGAUGGAAGCGAUCUGAACGACGACGACGCGACCGAGGAGCGUAAAGAAAGCUCCCACAGGUUCGUGAAGAAACGUGACGAGGACGUGGUCGAUUAUAUAUCGGGCGGCGAGAGGGUCGGUCGAGAGAUGCGUUACGUCGCGGAGACGACCGAGGGAGAACGUAUCGGCGAUUGGACACCGUCACCAACCGCCAUGAGAACCACACGUUUCCAUAAACGUUCCUCCGGAUUCCCGGUGGAGGGUUUCCCGUCGCGAAAAGACGUGAUCACGAAGAAACCGUUGGAUUUAGAGGAGGAGGACGAAGCGAGAAAGUUUGAGACCUCCAAGUGGUUGGAGAGCCAUUUCGGUAGCGAAUCCCGAUCGUCUCAUGGUUCCGUAGAUGCUGACGAUUCACUCAUACCGACCAGCACCAAUACCAGUUACAUCAACGUCACCAUGAAGUCUUGUCCUCCGAAGGAUUGUGAUUACCAAAAUCUGAACGCCAAUAGACACCAGAGACGGAGCAACGGUAGAGACUCAACGUCGCCCUCCGGGUAUUUCCACGGGAUAAGCGAGUGGUCAGAAAGAUAUCAGGGAAGAGAAAGGCAAAACCACGCGAGAACGAGCUCUCCGUCGCAAUACGUCGAAAUCAUCCACACGAACGGACACGGCCACGAUCAUCCAAGGAGUCAAGCGCAAGAAUCCACGUACUCGAAAACAUGCGAAUCGGUUCAUCAUCGUGAGCAUCUAGAAUCGGUUAACGGACGGCACCGUACCCCUUCUCCGCCUGUUAGAAGACGAUCUAAGGAACAGUGGUCCACGAGAUCCGAGGGACGAACAAGCGCGAAGGAUUCCACCCCGGCUAGAACCGCUAGUCCGAUUCAUGUUGUGCAAAGAACCUGGGAGAAUCGUAGUCGAGACAUCCCCGAACAAGCAGCGGCCGAUCCAGAGACUCGAAACAAAUUUGUCUCGAGAUCGAGAUCAACCUCGCCCCUGCCAGAGACAACUCUAAGAAACAAUAAGAAAUCCAGCGAAUCACCGAGUUCGGCUCGCCCGAUGAAAAGCUCAGGACACUCGAAGUACAAAAUCGGCGAGUCCUUCAGAAAACUUGUGGGCAAACUCCGUUCCGCCAGCACCGAAAGAAAGAACAAACGCGCCAGCGGCAGCUCUACCUCACAGCUGACCCAAACCGACGACAACGGGCCGACUUAUUUACAGUACAACGUGAUAGACAAGAAUAUUCCUUUGGUGAACGAAAGGCACGUCGAGGAGAAGCCUCCAGAACGACCGGCCAGAUCAUCGAGAAACGCCGUCACGAACAAUAAUACCAACAAGGUCGUGAAGAGCCAAAGGACCAAUGAUCAUGUUGUUCAGGAGCAAUGGCAGAGAAGCGAGUCGACGACACCUCUGCAGAGGUAUUACCUGGGUGAGGAUCCAUUCGGGGGAAGCAUCUACGGACGCGAGAAAGGGUACAGAGACGGAAGACGGUCGGGAAAGCCCCGCAAUAGAGCCAUCACUGAGACAGAGUACAGCGUCGCCUCCAGUUCCCUAGGCAGGUUUAGCAAGUCAACCAGUCGAUUGGCCAACGACCACGAGAGAGACGACCACUUGAGGAGCACGCAAACAUUGCCCAGGAACCUGCACUCCGCUGGACAGAAGGCUGGUAGAUUGAGCAACCAUCAGGUGAUGUCGAGACACCAGCAGUCGGUACCCGGCACGGUUAAACAGGGCGUGCACUACACCACGGUCCCAUCGACGUCCAGCCAGUCCCGUCAGUAUGGAAGUAUGAUCAAUAUAUCCAUUAAGAACACGGUCAUGCCAUCGAAAGUCCCUGCGAACAACAACAACGUCCAAGCCCCCCCAGCGAAACCGGAAAGGACAUACACAUCGUCGCUGUCGCGCAGCAAGAGCUUCAAUAUCGAAGCCGCUCGAAACGGAGCGGACACACCACCGUCGAGGAUACCUUACACGUCUAAUUUACAGUUGAAUCGUUUGGACGAGACUCCGCCGUUAAAGAGCCCCGGUAUAUUAGCCAGCAUCGGCCGUAGUAAUAGGGAUUUAUUGAAGGACAGUAGAUACAAGUAUUGAGUCGCGAUCGGGAUUGAACUGUUUGAGAAGCUGUUAGAUGUUAGGUACACAGUGGAUUCUUGAUACACGUAUAUUACUAAAAGUUGGCGGAAUCGGUAACAUAUCGAGAGCUACCUCCAUGUUCUGCCUGGUUCUGCCGUCGUAGCCUCGACC